AUUAAUAUGACAGCACAACAAACAACAACAACUUCACGCUAUGCGCUAUCAAAGAUAUUCGCAGAUCUCAUCAAAAUAGUCACUUAAAUUCGGAAAUCCGACGGGGUAACUGUGUAAAAAGCUGAAGUGCUUCAAUCACAAGUAUUGAUUUUGUCUCUGGGGUUACAUAACUGGUGUGAAAAUGGAUUUACCUAUCUAUCGACCUCAACAUUUGAACAUUCUGCGGCGUAUCAGGGAGCGCCGCAUUACCCUGGUGGUUUUAACUAUAUUGUGCAGUAUUGCGUUCACGGUUUGUCGUUUUGCACACCAUGAGAUAGCGGACGAGUACCGGCGCCGCGGGGACCGCUGCGUGGCCGAGAUGAACACCAUCCAACAACAACUGCAGAUCAUAACGGAGUAUAAGAUGAAAAAUGAUAAAUUGUUGAAUGAGUGUAACUCUAUACGCAACGAUCAAGAUGCGAAGUAUAAAGAAACUAUGGAUAGCUGCGCCGCCAUUAAACAAGCUGUCGCUAUGUGCCAGCAUCAGUUCGAGGACCUGACGGGCCAGUGCAAGAAGCUGAAGAUCAACCUGGACAAUCUGCAGCGUGAGCUGGACAAGUCUAACAACACCUGAAAGAUAAAGUUCAUCCUCUUUGUCGAGUUCACCUGCCUAGUGCUGGAGUACUUGUUCAUUCUGAUGGUGGCCUCUGUGCUGUUGAGCAUGGGCAAGGUCCGCGCCCGCCCGGCCCGCCCUGCCCGCCCACGGCAGCACCGCCAUCGGGCCUAGAAUGUACUCCUCAUUAGGUGAACUCGCAAAGACGAUGAACCCAUGAUUAACCAACCGUUCAUGGCUCGCGCUUCUGUUGUUUCUUCCCCUGUCUGUUUGCAAAUGCCGGACGUUAGUGUAGCUGUUUCGCGCGAGACCAUGAAAUGUAAAAGCUAUGUUUAAUGGUAACUGAGGGAGGGCAAUACAUAUUGCCCCGGAUAUGGCCUAGUUACCAUCCGGGAUCUGUGUUGGGAAAUGUAUAAGGAAUGUCUGCAAUGGUGCUAGGUCGGAAAGUUAGCUUUAAGUGACAAUAUCUUACACACGUGUAAGCGUAGUUUACGUAGUUUUAGAUUUGAAUCAAUUUAUUUAUUGAUUCAUCUGUUCCAGGGUAAAAACCCAACCAUUUAGGAGGGGUGAUUUUUAAAGCACCUUCCAAAAAAAAAGCAAAACUUGAAAAAAAGAAAAAAAAGUAGUUGAAUAGUACAUUGGAGAUGAGAACCAAGUACUGUGUAGGUUAAGAAGAAUUUUAAACCAUAUCUAUGUGUUAGUGAUUACUUAUUAAAGUUUGUGUAAGCGGCAGUAAAAUCAGCAAGGUAACAACGAAUUUAGUAACUUUCGAUCAAACAUUUACAAAAUUAUCAAUUUGGGAAAUAAGUUUUUUUUACAUCUACCUAUACCUAAACGCAUUUAAUUUUAUACCUACAGAUUUAUUGGUAACAGUUUUACUGCGCGGUUAUACCACUAGGAUAAGUUAGUUCUUAUAUUCCAGUUCUUUAAUAAAUGUUGCGCAAUGCA